AUGUGGGAAGAUGAGAAAACCUUGUGUUACCAGGUCGACGCCAAUAACGUUUCUGUUGUCAGAAGAGCUGAUAACAACAUGAUCAAUGGUACUAAGCUGUUGAACGUUGCUCACAUGACUAGAGGUAGACGUGAUGGUAUCCUAAAAUCUGAAAAGGUCCGUGAUGUUGUGAAAAUCGGAUCCAUGCACUUG